UUAUCUCUCUCUCUCUCUCUCUCUCUCAUCAGUAGUACCAACGAAAUUAGGGUUAGGGUUUUCAUAAACCCCUUUUACUCUUUCUGUGCUGCAGCUCGAAGAAAGGGGUUUUGGGGUUUUGAUCUCUUGGGUUUCGAAGACCCUUUUCUCUGCUGCAGGAUCGACAUGAAUUGCCCAAUUUCCGAGAGGAAUCCAGAGUCUUUGAGCGAAAUCCAAAUAGGGAAACCGGGCUGUUAGCUUCCUUUUAUUCGAUUUCAAUUUCAAGAUAAGAAAAACAGUUCCCAAAGGAAAAGGCAACGGAAUUUGGCACCAUCCCCAUCUCCUACUGCUACAAAGGUGACUGAACUGCAAGCGGGUGCAAGCGAAACGAAGGUAAUGGGAAUGAAAAUGGCCCUGUCGAUUGGAUAAAGCCACCCAAGUCCAACAUUCAUGUAAGAGCGAGAAGGGGUCAAACUACUGACAGUUGUAGAUAGUCUAGCUGAAGGGAGACCCACUUAGCUGUCAUAGUUUCAAGAGAUGGGUAUUUCCCCUUCGUCCUCUUCAGUCACCAAAGAGCAGUUUUUUCGCAAAUCCACUUCGCCAGGGCUUGUUCUGAAGCUCGUGUUGCUCUUAUGGGUCUUCUGCGCCUCUCUGAACGGCGUCGUUUUCGCUGAUGCUGAUACUGACGCAUCGGUGCUCCUCCAGCUCAAGAACUCGGUCUCAGACCCGUCAGGCUUGCUUUCCAGCUGGAAUCAUUCGGUCAAUUCUGGUCACUGCUCAUGGUUCGGCGUCUUCUGCAAUUCAAAUUCUCAGGUGGUUGCGCUCAACAUUACUGGGAAUAGUGGAGGUGGCGAAGGUGGAUCAAAAUCUAUUGCGUGCUUAGAUUUUGCUCAGUUUCCGCUUUAUGGGUUUGGAAUUCGGAGGAGCUGUUCGGGUAGUAGAGGAAGGUUGUCUGGGAAGCUCCCCUCUGUAAUUGGGAAGCUCACUGAGCUUAGGGUCUUGUCGCUUCCCUUCAAUGAUUUGGAUGGUGAAAUUCCUAGUGAAGUUUUGGGCUUGGAAAAUUUGGAGGUUCUUGAUCUUGAGGGCAACUCGAUAACUGGGUCUCUGCCGUUUCAGCUUAAUCCAAAUCUGAGGGUUUUUAAUCUUGGGUUCAAUAUGAUUGAAGGUGGGAUACCGACCUCGUGGUCAAAAUUUGUGAGCUUAGAGAUCUUGAAUGUAGCUGGGAAUCUUGUGAAUGGGACCAUUCCGGGUUUCAUUGGUAGGUUAAAGGCUGUGUAUUUGUCGUACAAUUCACUUAGUGGGGAUGUUCCCAGCGAGAUUGGAGACAAUUGUGGGAAGCUGGAGCAUCUUGAAUUGGCGGGUAAUUUCUUGGUUGAUAAAAUUCCAAGCAGUUUAGGAAAUUGCAGUCAGUUGAGGACGCUGAUGUUGUACUCAAAUAUGUUGGAAGAGGGUAUUCCAGCAGAACUCGGCCGGCUUCAGGCGCUGGAAGUGUUGGAUGUGUCAAGGAAUAGCCUAAGUAGUUCAUUACCACGAGAGUUGGGGAAUUGUUCUGAGUUGUCUGUCCUUGUUUUGUCGUCUAUGUUUAAUCCGCUACCACGAGUCAAUGAUACAGUAGUGGACUCUUUAUUGGAGCAGUUGAAUUCUAUGAAUGACGACUUCAAUUACUUUCAAGGUGCAAUGCCUGUGGAAAUUACGACCCUUCCAAAGCUAAGGAUCUUGUGGGCACCAAGGGCAAGUAUUGAGGGCAACUUCCCGGGCAAUUGGGGUGGUUGUGAGUACUUAGAAAUGAUCAAUUUGGCUCAGAACUUUUUUACUGGGGAAAUUCCUAGUGGGCUUAGUCGCUGCAGGAAGCUUCAAUUUUUUGAUGUAAGCUCUAACAGGCUUAGUGGGGAGCUUGUUCAGGAUCUUCAGGUUCCUUGUAUGGUUAUGUUUGAUGUCAGUGGAAACAUCUUGUCAGGUUCAAUACCUGAAUAUUUUAACAGCCCUUGUGCUCCAGUUUAUCCCUUGAAAGAUUUUUCUUUCAAAGAUGAUGAUCCUUCCUCACCCUAUGUAGCAUUUUUUGCAUCGAAAACCCAAGUUGGAAACCCGUUGCAACUGUAUGGAGAAGAUGAUGGUCUUACAGUACUGCACAACUUUGGGCACAAUAAUUUUACUGGCACUUUGCCGUCACUGCCUAUUGCGCAUGAAAGAUUAGGGAAGCAAACUCUUUAUGCAUUCCUUGUUGGAGAAAACAAGCUUACUGGAACAUUUCCAGGUAGUUUGUUUGGGAAGUGUGAGGGAUUGGAUUCAUUGGUUGUUAAUGUGAGUAACAACAAGCUAUAUAAUCAGAUUAUUGGUCCCAUUCCCCCUACUUUUGGGAAAUUGGUGUCCCUUGUUGCCCUUAACUUGAGUUGGAACAUGUUGCAGGGUCAGAUCCCCACCAGUCUUGGCCAGAUAAGGGAUCUGAGGUAUCUGUCCUUAUCUGGUAAUAACCUUACAGGUACCAUUCCAUCUAGUUUGGGGCAGCUUUACUCUUUAGAAGUGCUGGAGCUUUCUUCAAACUAUCUCACCGGUGAGAUACCGAAGGAUCUUGUGAACUUGGGAAAUCUGACUGUUCUUCUGCUGGACAAAAAUAAUCUUUCUGGUCAGAUUCCAUCUGGUUUGGCAAAUGUGACUGCACUCUCUUCUUUCAAUGUGUCUUUCAAUAACUUUUCCGGUUCAUUGCCUUCAAAUAAUAACCUGAUGAAAUGCAAUGCUGCUAUUGGAAACCCAUAUAUACAUUCUUGCCCCAUGUUUUCUCUGACACAACCAUCUUCAGAUUCUCAAGGAAGAGAUGGUGAUUCACAACCUUAUGCUGCUUCACCGGUGGGAGUUCCAGCUUCAAGGAGUGGGAAUUUCAAUUCAAUUGAGAUAGCUUCCAUUACAUCUGCAUCAGCCAUAGUUUCAGUGCUUCUUGCUCUGGUUGUUCUGUUCUUGUAUACACGAAAGUGGAAUGCAAAGUCUGGAGCUCUAGGGUCUACCAGGAAGGAAGUUACAGUUUUCACAAACAUUGGGGUUCCAUUGACCUUUGAGAGUGUUGUGCGAGCCACGGGCAGUUUCAAUGCUAGCAACUGCAUUGGGAAUGGAGGUUUUGGGGCAACUUACAAGGCAGAGAUAUCUCCUGGAAUCCUGGUGGCAAUAAAACGACUUUCAGUUGGAAGGUUUCAAGGAGUUCAACAAUUUCAUGCAGAAAUUAAGACUCUUGGAAGGCUUCGCCAUCCAAAUCUUGUCACUUUGCUUGGUUAUCAUGCCAGUGAUACAGAGAUGUUCCUAAUAUAUAAUUAUUUGGCGGGUGGUAAUCUGGAAAAAUUUAUUAAGGAAAGGUCUACAAGGGCUGUGGAUUGGAGGAUACUUCACAAGAUUGCUUUGGACAUAGCUCGUGCACUUGCCUACCUACAUGAUCAGUGUGUACCACGUGUCCUUCAUCGCGAUGUCAAGCCCAGUAAUAUUUUGUUGGAUGAUGAUUUCAAUGCUUAUCUCUCUGACUUUGGUUUGGCCAGACUUCUUGGAACUUCAGAAACCCAUGCUACUACUGGUGUAGCUGGAACUUUUGGAUAUGUUGCCCCAGAAUAUGCGAUGACUUGCCGCGUUUCAGACAAGGCUGAUGUGUAUAGUUAUGGUGUUGUGCUUCUGGAGUUGCUCUCUGACAAGAAAGCUCUGGAUCCCUCAUUUUCUUCAUAUGGAAAUGGAUUCAACAUUGUUCAGUGGUCAUGUAUGCUUCUUCGACAAGGCCGUGCAAAGGAAUUCUUUACUGCUGGGCUAUGGGAUGCAGGUCCCCAUGAUGAUUUGGUAGAAGUUUUACACUUGGCAGUUGUGUGUACGGUUGACUCUCUCUCGACCAGGCCUACGAUGAGGCAAGUUGUACGAAGACUUAAGCAGCUUCAGCCUCCAUCUUGUUAGCUGCCUUAUGAGGCUUGUAUUGGUUAACAUUAGUAGUUUGUAGAAAGAGAAGCGCCAUUGUAAUAUGUGCUUGUGCACUCAGUCCUCUUUUGGGACUGGCCUUAGGUUGAUUUCUAAACCUUAUUGAUCCCACUUGUACAUUGUAAAAUAGUUCUGCCCCCAAUUUUUUUUGAUGUUGUUUCUCUUAUUAGGGGCCUUGCCAAUGAGUCUGCAGAAGAAUGCAGAUGUUUCAUUUCCUCGUCUUAUACGUGUAUAUUCAGCUUCAUUUGUUGUUCAAUAAAGCAGAGUAGAUAUAUUUUCUGGAAA